UUUGAUUGUCAUCCAUCACCCAACACCCAUUUCUCACCACAGCUUCACCAAACACAUCACUCUUAACUUAUUUUAACUUUAUUCAUUUUGUUUGCUUAAUUUAGGUAAAGAUUGUAUAGGCUUACUCAUGGCUUACGAGGCUUGUCUCCAGCAUUAAACCUUGUUCCAAGGAUUCUCUUCAUCAAGCUUCAUGUGUUUGUUUGUUUGUUUUCGCCCCUCUCACUACAUUUUCAAAGUGAUGUUUUAAUUUCUCAAGCAAUCUCUUUGGCCAAUCCGUUGUCUUUGGAAACGUUAAAUUCUAUAAAUCUUUCUUGUUUUCUGGAAUCAAAAUUAUUCUGAUAGUUACAAUCGUUUUGUUUUUAUAUAUGUCAGGAUAAUUUAUAUGUAUUAAGCAGUUAGGGUAUCGUUAAACCAGUGGGGGUUUAGGUCAGGGUUAGUGUUUAAAAGUCGUUUGAGAGUUUUGCAUACUGACAUAAAUGGAGUGCAGCUUUUUUAGUUCAAAGUAUAUGCCAAUGUCUGAGAUUGCACAUCUUGGAAGGACAAAUUCAAGCCAGUUUUCGAGUUUCAGGCCAUUGGUUGAAGUUAAAUCCACCCCACACUUCAGUUCUUGCAGAGGUAUAUCUCCGAAGGCUUCUCAUUCAAGUACUCCGAACUACAGUUAUGUGCCAAAGCAAGCUGUCAGUUCAGUUGAUGAAGAAAAACUUGGAGCAGGAAAUUUAUUAUAUCAGAUUAAUGGCACAAAUUCAAGUUUGUUUUCGAGGAAAUUGAGAAUAUUGGAUUCUUUUGAUGAUGAAUAUGGUGGAGUCAUUGUUGAUUCAGAAAGAUUACCAGCUAAUCCAAAUGUCUUUGCUUCCAUGCUUAGUUUCUCAAUUUCUCACUGGAAAUCAAAGGGAAAGAAGGGAAUUUGGCUGAAGUUGCCAGUGGAAAAAUCAGAUCUUGUUCCAGUUGCUGUCAAGGAAGGGUUUGAAUAUCACCACGCAGAGAGAGGAUACGUAAUGUUAACUUACUGGCUACCUGAAGGACCCAGCAUGCUUCCUGCCAAUGCUUCACAUCAAGUAGGCGUUGGAGGAUUUGUCAUCAAUGACAAAAACGAGGUUCUUGUAGUACAAGAGAAAUACUGUGCUCCCCAAUUUGUUGGACUUUGGAAAAUACCAACAGGUUUCAUUGUUGAGUCAGAGGAGAUAUUUACAGGCGCUGUAAGAGAAGUCAAGGAAGAAACUGGGGUUGACACUGAAUUUGUGGAAGUAGUAGCAUUCAGGCAUGUGCACAAUGUAGCCUUUGAAAAGUCUGAUUUGUUCUUCAUCUGCAUGCUAAAGCCUGUAUCAACUCACAUUAUGGUUGACGAUCAUGAAAUUCAAGCAGCCAAAUGGAUGCCAUUAGUUGAGUUUGUGGAGCAACCAUUGAUUCAACAGGAUUGUAUGUUCAAGAAAGUGAUUGAUAUCUGCGUUGAGCGUCUGGGGAAGCGUUAUUGCGGGUUAUCUGUACAUCAAGUGGCUUCUGCGUUUGAUGGCAAAACAUCGUCUCUGUACUAUAAUGUCAUCGACUCACAACAUAACAACUGUAUAGGCAACUGAAACAGAUUCUGAUCUCAUUGCCUAGUGAAUGAACUUUCUAAUCCACGGGAAGCUUGAGAACUACACGAUUUAUGACCUGUAAUUACCAAUAUCUUAGUAAUGUACAUAUUAUGACUUUGAAUGUAAGAUCAUGAGAUCUUGUAUUGAUAA